CCCCCUCCCUGCAGCAGAAGAAGCGGGCCGACAGCAGCCUCUGAACACCGCAGUGCAUGCUACCGCUCAGCCUGCUCCUCUGUUCGCCUUUCUUCCACAGCAGCGACGACACUGAGGAAAACAGACGUCCUGUCUGUGAUUUUUACCCCAAACACAGGAGGACUGCCCGCGUCCUGACAAGCCUGCUCGCUCCCCUCCUGUCUGCCCGCAGUGCGGUGUGUGGUGUAAAUAGGACAGAAUUCAGAAGAUAAAGUUGGCAGUUUCACCGCUGACUACUCACUGGAACGAAAGCCGGAGGAACUAUCGAUCCAGACCAGCUUCAAAGAACCAGGAGAGUCUGGUUUUUCCAGUCACAGACUUUCUGCAAGAUCAAAGGUGCAGUGGGGGCGAGGCUGCUCACGGGUCAAAACAAACCUGACGCCAUGGAUGUGGAUGAGGAAGAAAACAUGAGUUCAAGCAGCACAGACGUUAAGGAAAACCGAAACCUGGACAACGUGUCCUGCAAAGACGGGAUGGGAGUCGGUGAUCAGCUCCCCAAUGGAAGCGGCCAUGGCAGUCGAAAGCGCCCCUUAGAGGAGGGCAACAAUGGCCACGCACAUUCCAAGUUCCGAGCCAAGAAGCGCAAGAAAACACCUGGACCAGUGCUGCCCAAGAAUGCUCUGAUGCAGCUGAAUGAGAUCAAACCAGGUCUCCAGUACAAACUGCUGUCUCAGACUGGGCCGGUCCAUGCACCAGUGUUUGUCAUGACUGUGGAGGUCAAUGGGCAAAUGUUUGAGGGCAUGGGUCCAACCAAGAAGAAAGCUAAACUGAACGCAGCUGAGAAAGCGCUGCGUUCCUUUGUUCAAUUUCCCAAUGCAUCAGAGGCUCACCUGGCCAUGGGCCGUACACUUACAGUGAAUACAGACUUUACAUCAGAUCAAGCGGACUUCCCUGACAUGCUCUUCAAUGGCUUUGAGACACCAGCUCCUCCUGAAGAAUCCUUCUAUCUAGGUUCCAACGGUACAAACUCACUAGGGGAGUAUCCGUUACCCACACCACCUGGCAGCAACCUUGUCCAGGCUCCGUUGCCCUCUCCAGCUGCAUUCAGCUCACCCUCCACUGGCAAAAACCCGGUCAUGAUCCUCAAUGAGCUCAGGCCAGGCCUCAAAUAUGACUUUGUCUCAGAGAGUGGUGAGAGUCACGCCAAGAAUUUCGUGAUGUCAGUAACUGUGGACUCAGAGACGUUUGAAGGCUCAGGGCGCAACAAAAAGCUGGCUAAAGCCCGGGCAGCACAGGCCGCCCUCUCUGCUCUCUUCAACAUGCAGCUAGACCAGACACCGUCCAGGCAACCCAUACCAAGAGAGGGGUUGCAACUUCACCUUCCCCAGGUUCUGGCUGACGCCGUCUCUCGCCUGGUGGUGGAUAAGUUCAGUGAGCUGACAGACAACUUCACCUCCCCUCAUGCACGAAGAAAAGUCCUGGCAGGAGUCGUCAUGACAACAGGAACUGAUGUGAAGGAAGCACAGGUCAUCUGUGUCUCCACGGGAACCAAGUGCAUCAACGGUGAGUACAUGAGUGACCGCGGCCUGGCACUAAACGACUGCCAUGCAGAGAUAAUCGCCCGACGCUCGCUCAUCAGGUACCUCUACACCCAGCUGGAGUUCUACCUCAGCAACAUAAAAGAGGACCAUCACAAGUCCAUAUUUGUGCCAUGUGACAAAGGAGGCUACAGGUUACAAGACAACGUUCAGUUUCACCUCUACAUCAGCACCUCGCCCUGCGGAGACGCCAGGAUUUUCUCUCCACACGAAGCCGGAGUGGAAGAUCAGGGAGACCGGCACCCAAACCGCAAAGCAAGAGGCCAGCUCAGGACCAAAAUAGAGUCAGGGGAGGGCACCAUUCCUGUACGGUCCAGUAACACCAUCCAGACCUGGGAUGGCGUGCUUCAAGGCGAGAGGUUGCUCACCAUGUCCUGCAGUGACAAGAUCGCAAGGUGGAAUGUGGUGGGCAUCCAGGGCUCUUUAAUGAGCUACUUCACCGAGCCCAUCUACUUCUCCAGCAUUAUCCUCGGCAGCCUUUACCAUGCCGACCACCUCUCCAGGGCCAUGUACCAGCGCAUUGCAGAUAUUGAGGACCUGCCCCAGCAGUUCACCCUCAACAGGCCUCUACUCAGCGGUAUAAGCAACGCUGAGGCCAGACAGCCGGGCAAGGCGCCGAACUUCAGCGUGAACUGGACUGUCGGCGAUCAGGCACUGGAGGUGAUCAACGCCACCACGGGGAAGGACGAUAUGGGCCGGCCUUCCAGACUCUGCAAACACGCCCUCUACAGCCGCUGGGUGCGCCUGCACUCAAAGCUGUCAUCCAUCCUGCGGAUCAAAGUGCCCAAGCCCAGCUCAUACCAUGAUGCCAAGCAGGCGGCCAUGGAGUACCACUCUGCUAAAAAGGCCCUCAUCAAGGCCUUCCACAAGGCCGGCCUGGGGGCCUGGGUCAAAAAGCCCAUCGAGCAAGACCAGUUCACCCUCAGCUCCUGAUUGAGUCUGGGGACCAAAUGGAGAGGGGGGGUUUCCCAAUGCACCAGCUCCUCCCGCCCUCCCUCCCUGACCCAGGCCGGAAAACUUAUCGAGCCCCUCAGUAACAUUUUAUUUCCGUCUCCAUGUGUGAGCUAUACAUGUGCACUUGUAACCUGCGUGGCUCCACGAACUCUCCCUAGCUCAUCAUUCCUCAGAGGACCUCCACCUCAUCUUGUUUCUCAUCUUUGAUUUUUAAGUCUAUAAUUUUGGUUUUACUUGUUUUCUGUUUUUAAACUGGAACCAUUGUUCUUAUUUUUUUUCAGUCACUUUGUUUUCAGGAAAAAAAUGUUCCUUAUGCUGUAGGUGUGGGAAAGUGGCGAAAAUACAAUUUUUGUCUCUUUUCGCAAAAUGAGUGUAGCCUUUUUAGGGGGACAUGUAGCAUAGAAGAAAGAUAUUUUUGUUGUUGUUACUGACUAAUACCAAUGUGUAUGGACCUAAAGAUAAUUGCUAAAAUUAAAAACAGUGAUCUUUAAUUUAAUGAUUCAUAAAUCCUCAAGAUGUAAAUCUAGUUCAGAAAAGUGAAAAUAUUGGAGUUAUAACAUAUAAUGUGUGUUUCUCUGAUGCGUUCUUAGUCCCUUUUAUUAAAGGUGAAAAUGUUCUAAAACAA